GUAAUAAAUAAGUCUCCUUCCUCAUCUCUCCGUCGUCCGAUCGUCCAUUCUCUUCCUCUCAGAUCUCUUCAAACCCAUCAGCCAAUCCUCUCUCUUUCUUCCCUUCUCAAUACCCAGCGCGCCAAAUACAAAUCCACACCCCCCCAAGGGUUUUGUUUGUUUAGGAUGGCGGAGAGUCCCGGCAGCCACGAGAACGGUGGUGGUGGCGGAGGGGAUCAGAGCCCACCGUCUAGCGUCCGCGAGCAGGAUCGCUUCCUUCCAAUUGCAAACAUCGGCCGCAUCAUGAAGAAGGCGCUGCCUGCCAAUGGAAAGAUUGCUAAAGAUGCUAAGGACACUGUUCAGGAAUGUGUAUCGGAAUUCAUCAGCUUCGUCACCAGCGAGGCUAGUGAUAAGUGCCAGAAAGAGAAAAGGAAGACAAUCAACGGGGAUGACUUGUUGUGGGCAAUGGCAACCUUAGGGUUUGAGGACUACAUUGCCCCACUGAAGGUCUAUUUGGCUAGGUACAGAGAGUUAGAGGGUGACACCAAGGGAUCUGCUAGGGGUGCGGAUGUAUCUGCUAAGAAAGAUACAAGUGGAACUCAGCUGCAUUCUGAUGCACAGUUUGCUCAUCAAGGCUCUUUUUCACAAGGCUUCAGCUACUCAAACUCCCAAAUCGAAUAUUGACAACCAUUUAUCUAAGUACCGUUCUUUGGAACUUGUAGUCGAGGAGAUGGGAUGUGGUUGCUUUGCUCUGAAGCUAAGGUGCAAGGAUACAGCUCUUCCCUACUGGAUUUGCCUCUGGUUAUCACAGUCAAGUCUAUAUUGUUUGAUAUACAUGGAAAUCUUAUAUGCACUUUCUGUAUCAAAGUACAGUGAUGCGAUAUUUGUUUGCGAUUUGGCGUAUGUAUAUCCUAAAACAUUGUUAUGAUCUGUAUGUUUGCUCAUCAAUUGCUAUAACCAUCCAACAUUUACAAUGACUGAAACUUGGGAAAGAAACAGCUGCAGAGGUUUCUGUU